AGCCAUGAUGUUCAUCGUGGUCUCAGUACUUGUCGCGUCCAGUUUAGUCAUCGCAGAAGAGCAGAAACUGUCCUGGAAGGAUGAUGACGGUUUGGAAGUGAAGAUCAUCAAGCCGAUAAAGAAGGAGAAAUGUACGAUCGUCUCACAAGAGGGUGAUAUCGUUGAUCAGUACUACAAACUGACAGACAAGGAUGGCAAGGAGAUCGGAAGCAACUUCGGCAAGAAACCGUACACAUUCACACUCGGAAAAGGACAAGUGAUACCUGGAAUGGAUCGGGCCAUGACUGGCAUGUGCAUUGGCGAGAAACGAAAGGUCGUGAUUCCAGGUCAUCUUGGCUUUGGUACCAACGGACGGGAAAGGGACAACAUCGAAAAGGACCAGGUUCUAUAUUACACUGUCCAGCUAGUCGACCUCUUCAGGGCUGUUCCUGGCGACAAGUGGGAGACAAAGGAGGGUAUUACGAUCGAGGUCAGUCACAAAAUCGAUGAAGAGAAGUGCAGAAAGUCCGAACCUGGAGACACCAUUCACCAGCAGUAUAUACUCCACCUCGAGGACGGCACUUUCGUUGACUCAUCGUUCUCACGCAAUGCUCCAUUCAUCUUCCAGCUUAACAGAGGGCAAGUUAUCAAGGGCAUGGACAUCGCCAUGACAGACAUGUGCGAGGGUGAGCGCCGUAAGGUUAUCAUUCCUUCAGAAUACGGAUACGGAGAUGAGGGCAGACCACCACAGAUCCCUGGAAAAGCUCGCCUCUACUUCGACAUCACCCUUGAAAAGCUGAUCAAGAAGGAUGAGCUGUAAAAAACUGUGUCAUACAGUUAGUGAGUGAUCGAUGGACGUGUCUCUUCUACGAUGAACUCAAACUGGCGCAUCUUGCCCAGAUUUCUUGUUAUGUAAAAUAUUUUGCUGCGUAGAACAUGGAAUUAUGUUCUAUGUUUAUUGAAUUUGUUCUGUCUUUUGAUAAAAAAA